UCAACUCUCUCUCUCUCUCUCUAUCCAAGCUCAUACUCAGUUAUGGAUGCAGUUCGUUUCUCUCUACUCCUCUUCCUCCUAUCAUCCCUCUUCAUCUCCUCUCUCUCCGCCCGCUGCAACCCAAAUGACAAAAAUGUCCUCCUCAAAAUCAAGAAAUCACUCAACAACCCCUACCUCCUCGCCUCGUGGGACCCCUCCACUGACUGCUGCAACUGGUACUGCGUCGAAUGCGACCUCCAAACCAACCGCAUCGUAGAGCUCACUAUCUUCAGCGGUGAGAUCUCCGGCCAAAUCCCACCGUCCGUCGGUGACCUUCCCUACCUCAACACCCUCGUCUUCCGAAAGCUCUCAAAUCUCUCCGGCGAAAUCCCACCGUCCAUCGCAAAACUCAAGAACCUCAAGAUGCUCCGUCUCAGCUGGACCAACCUCUCCGGAUCCGUCCCCCAAUUUCUCAGCCAGCUCCAAAAUCUCGAAUUUCUCGAACUCUCCUACAACAAUCUCUCAGGAUCGAUCCCCGCCUCGCUGGCAAGCCUCACCAAGCUCGGCGCCCUGCAUCUCGACCGCAACCGGCUGACCGGCGAGAUACCGGAAUCUUUCGGCCAUUUCGCGGGAACCGUACCGGAUCUCUACCUGUCGCACAACCAGCUGUCCGGCAAAAUACCGGAAUCUCUCGGUAAUUUGGAUUUCUCGGUGAUCGAUCUAUCCCGGAAUAAGCUCGUGGGGGACGCGUUGAUGCUGUUCAGAAAUCCCGCGAGAUCGACGUUCAGGAUCGAUAUAUCGCGUAACCUUCUCGAGUUCGAUUUAUCGGGGGCGCUGUUUCCAAUGAACCUGACGUUGCUGGAUAUCUCCCAUAACAGGAUCUGGGGGAAUAUUCCGUCACAAAUAACGGCGUUGGAGGAUCUUCAGCUGUUCAACGCGAGCUACAAUAGGCUGUGUGGGAAGAUACCGCAGGGCGGGAAGAUGCAGGGAUUUGAUUACUCUUCGUACUUCCACAAUCGGUGUCUCUGCGGACCACCGUUAAACAAGUGCUGAGUGGCGAAUGAUCGCUCGGCCAUGGGUCGAUGUUUGAUCAAAUGGUCGAAACUGUGUCUCUGCAAGACUAAAUAAACAACGUUUAAAAGUUAUUCAACUA